AUGGGCACGCAGAAACGCGCAAGCAGCAACUGGAUUGCACUGAAGAAGAAAAUGGGAACGAACAGCCGUACGCGUGCACGGCGGCGUGCGGCGCGCGCGGCGCGCGCGGCGACUGAGGCGGACGCCGCGUCUCCAGCGCCGGCGGCCGUGGCGACCGCGGCCAAGCUGGUCCGUCCGGCGCGUGCGCCGUCAGCGGGCGCACGGCCGGCGGCUGGCGUCCUCACGGCCAGCGCGUCCGUGGCGACGGCGGGCCUCAGCACGAGCGCCACGGCCCAGCUCCCGUGGUUCGCCGAGGACCUCAGCCCCGAGGACCUGGCGCUCGCGCUGCCGCGCAGCCGGUCUACCGGCGACGUGCCGGCGAAGUCGAGCAAGGCACAGCAGUGGGAGGGAUACCUGGACGAGGCGACGAAGAAGCGCGUCAUCCUCGGCGACGAGCGCGAUAUGACCGCGGAGAAGCGCGAGAUUGGGCACUACAUUGCGGUCGACUGCGAGAUGGUCGGUGUCGGGCCGCGCGGCUCGCGCUCCGUGCUUGCGCGCGUCUCGAUCGUCAACUGGCACGGGCACGUCGUGCUUGACCGCUUCGUCAAGCCGAAGGAGCUCGUUACUGACUACCGUACUUGGGUGUCGGGCGUGCGCGCGCGGGACCUGCGCGAUGCGCCCUCGUUUGAGGCGGUGCAGAAGGAGGUCGCGGACCUCUUCCGCGGGCGGGUCGUGGUGGGCCAUGCGGUCGACAACGACCUCAAGGCGCUCCUGCUCUCGCAUCCCCGCGCGCUGCUGCGCGAUACCGCGUCGUUCAAGCCGCUGCGCGAGAUCGCGGGCACGAAGCACCCUGGCCUGCGCCGCCUGUGCGAGCUCGUGCUGGGCAUCCAGAUCCAGCAGGCGGGGCACGCGCACAGCCCCGUGGAGGACGCGCGCGCGACGAUGGCCCUCUUCCGCACGCAAAAAGACGCCUGGGACCGGGCGCUCGGGCAUACGAAGCCGGCGCGGCGGCGCUCGACGUCGUCGUUGCCGCGGCCCAAGGCGGCCGCCGACUGGUGGGGCGACUAG